UUUUUUCUCUUUCUUUUUAUUUGUUUUCUUUUUUUCCAAAAUAAACUAACUGGUAAAAUCUAUUCAACAAAAUGAUUACAUUUUAUUUUUCUAUUCUUUUUUAAAUGUUAAUUAGUUACUUAACCAUUCGGACAACAAUUUGGUCCAAUUAAUUUCACAUUAAUCACAACCUUUUCCGUUGGAACCUUUGAUUUGCCCCUUCACCCGAUUGUCCAUAUGUAAACACUGAGAACAAUCAACCAAACGUGUUCACAAUUAUCUCUAUAUUUGUUUUCCUCUCUUUCAUUUGUCUAUUUUUACCUUUUUUUUCAGUUAUGUUUCCAUCGGUGUGAUUUACCUGAAUCAUUCAAGUUCACUGAGUAAUUAGACUUGAUACAUGAUUAACUAGUGAAAGAUUAUCAUCGACAUUUGAAAUGUCUGAAGAGAUUGAGAAAUACGUUCGUGAUAAUGUUCCCUGGGAUGAGCUCGACAAUGAGGUUAAGAUGAUCAUUGGAACCAAAACUGAUUACGAUCACAAUAUCCUGGAAUAUAGUAUUAAAAAUCAGCUGAGGUUCAUCAACAAUUUGGUGAAAACGGUUCGUCGUAGUGAAAAAGGUUAUUACCUUGAGCUGUUACGUUACAGUCGUGAACAUUUGAUGCUAUUUCCUUAUCAUCUAUCCGAUUAUUUGAUCUAUGGUAUGAGGAUAACACCGUUUCAAUAUUAUAUUCAAAUGAUUCAUGAAUUAUUGGAAAACGAGAGGAGUUAUGACACUUUACCAAAUUUUACCGCUGCCGAUUGCCUUCGUAUUCUUGGCAUUGGACGGAAUCAAUAUAUUGACCUGAUGAAUCAAUGUCGAUCUCGAUCAUUUCUGGGCAUCAUGCGUAAAUCGAUACGCGAUUUAUUGCCCAAAAAACCAUUAAAAGAUAUUGUUAUUGAAUAUUGGUGGAAAAUUUUCCCUGGUUAUAUUAUGGAAGAUGAUAUGAGAUAUUUGGCUACCUCAAGUGAGAGAGAUGUAAUUGAUAUGAUUAUUGGUGAAGGAGGGUCCAUAGGUGAGGGAGAAGUGGCUGGUAAAUUUGCAGAAAAAGAUGUUCGCUCAUUAUAUUUGAAAGGUUUAAUCUACCUUGAUGUUCCCAUUGAAGAUGAUGACCUGAUUGUGGUUCCACCAUUGAGAGGAUUUGUUAUGAAUCGGAUUCAGGGCGAUUAUCUGGAAACCCUUUUGUAUAAAAUAUUUGUUUCCAUUGAUGAGAAAACCACCGUUAAAGAAUUAUCUUCAAUUCUAUCCAUUGAUCCAUCUUUGGUUAAAAAUGCCAUCUCCAUUUACUGUCGUCUUGGUAUUGCGUACAAAAAAACACUAUCCAUGACACUGGACGAAUGUCAUCCCUCUUGGUCAUCAGCUUUAUCUUCAUCUCCAAUCAGUCAUUCACUUUCAUCUUCAUCCUCUCUUUCAUCAUCAACCUUGUCAGUUAAAGGAGGAUCAGGUCACCACAAAACAAACGCAACUAGUCAACAAAUGGCCAAAUUAAUUAACAACAUUACCCUUGAUUCUAGUGGUAAAGAAAUCAUUUCAACAAAUUCAGGUUUAAUCACUGAUGAUUCUGGCAAUAGAGUUGACUCACCAACAGCUGAUUCUUCAUCUAGACCGUUACUUCAACAUUCAAAUUCAAUAUCAAACACUAAACGUAUCGCCUUCUUUUACGAUUCCACCCUGGUUGCUUUUCUCAUGAUGGGUAACCUUUCCCCUGGCCUUAAAACACACGCAGUGACGAUGUUUGAAGUCGGUAAAUUAUCCGAUGAAUCAGUGGACAGUCUACUCGUUGAAUUAUCUGAGAUUCACAAUAUUAAUGUUGAAGAAGAAGGUGAUGAGGCGGAAAGAUAUUUCCUCCAUGCGAUCAUGUUAUACCGAACAGUUCAAUUCAUUCGUCAUAAUCCUGAUCUAACGGCGUCUCUUUGUGACUUUGAUGAUGCUGACAUUGGUUUAGGAAUUGAUUUAAUUCGAGCAGAAAGUUUAAUGAACUUGGAUGCCAAAGUUUGCGAUAGAUUGUUAAAGAAAAAUUAUUCAGUUCUUUUGUCCAUUGCACCGGUCAGCAAUGAGACACAAUUAAUUACCAACACUAGUCUUCCCUAUCUUGGUCCAGUUUCACCUUUGAUAAACUCAAUUUGGUUCAAUCUUUACUUGUACUCGCUUCUAGGUGCAGGUCCACCGUCACUCCUAUUAACUGCCCAUCAGCGCUUGAAAAGUCUUCCCACUCUCUUUAAAGGUUUUGAAUUUCUUUACCUUACCCCUUGGGGCCGUGACUCUGCCAAAAUACCAGCUGAUAAUGCGCUUCACACCAUCAAUGAAAUGUUAACCACCUCACCGAUCCUAGUCCAGGCCUAUGCGACAAAAAGUGACUUUCCCUCUGAUGAUCUCAUCUACGUACCAUUCCCGUUGACCUGUGAAGAGACGAUUAAUGAAGAGAUUUCAAAUCCAUUCGAAACUCAUCCCGAUAUUGUUAAACUUUCUUCAAUUCUUGAUCUAAGAUUUACCUGUGGAUUUGUUACACUAAUUAGACAUCAAUUAUUCUGUCCAUCAUCACCUUCAAUCAAGGAAGCAGAGGAGUCUCAAUCUGAAACUAUUAUUGCAGUUUCGUCACAACCUCCGACCGCAUCUGAUGACAUUGACGAAGUAAAUGAUAAUAAACCGGAAGAAGCACAAGAAACUAAUGAUUGGGAACAAGAUGAAUCAGAAUUGAUUUCGUUAACAGAAGAUGAACCAACUUCUAUUAAAAGAGGAAACGAAGAGCAAGAAACAAUCAACGAUUCCGAGAAAGUGAAGGAAAAACAAGAAGAUGAUGAAAAUAAUUCAGACGAAAUUCAUUCCAAUGAUGAAUUUAAAUAUUGGACUUUAAUUGAAUGUCACUUUGGUGUUCCUUUAUUUGAUCGAGCUUUAAAUAAGAGUGUUUGUAAUAAAUUAUUGAAACAUCAUCUUUUUGAUAUAAACAAAUUAUCUCGUAAUACCGAAAUUAACAAUUCUCUUUGCUCGAAAGUGGAAACAUUUGUCUCUAAUUUGAUUGAUUCUCCUCGAAUUGGUGAUAAACAUCAGAAAGACAAUCAAAGGAAAACCUCAUCAUCAUCUCCCUCAUCAUCUUCUGGAUUUUCACAAAACUCAACAAUUAAACGUCAAGUGCCUUUACCGUCCACUAAUUUAAUCUUCACUAAUGGACAAUUAGAGCCCUGGUAUCAGCCUUAAUUGUUAUUAAAUUGUUCAAAGCUAUUCUUAUAAAUAAGGAAAUCAAAACAAAAAUCAUGAAUCAAACAAGUGGAUUAGCAACUAAUUCUUAAUUGUUUGCCAAUCUAAGACGAUUCAAUGAUUUAACAGUUACAAUAUUUUCCAAUUCAACAACAAUAAUAAUCAAUAAUUUUAAAAACAUUCCCCCAAAGUUUAAUCACCAAAAAAAAUAAGACAAACCAAAAGACAAAGGAUCUUACAAAUAUACUAAUAGUACAUUAAUCAACAAUUAACAAUCUAAUUUAUCAAUCAACAAUUGAUAAACAAAAUUAAAAGUGUCAACGAUGUUUGUCAUCAAGUACAAGCUGAAUAUACAGUUUGAGUAUUUUGUUUUCUCGUAGAGCUGCCAUCUAAUUACCAGAUGAUUGUAAUGAUAAUAUAAAAACUUAAUCAAUGGGAACACAAUUAAUGAGAAAACAAUUAAAUUUAACUAUUACAAACAAAAAGCUAUACUUUUUUAAAAA